AUGGCAGAAUACCAUGUGAUGACGUCUGCAGCUGCCCUUCACUGCCCCGGUGAUAUUUGUGAGGGGGGCGGUAUAGCUCCACUCUGUCCUGAGCUAAACUUAGACGUGACAGUGGCACUCUUCAUCACAACAUGCGCUGACCACCACACUGGGUUACAAUGGCCGGUGUCCAGUUACCACAGAUGCUGCUGUAUCUCACUGGUGACACUGGCAAAACAAGAUGUAGAUUUAAAGUCUCUGCAGGUCUUUCUGUCUUUCACUACCCUUGUAUUCCUCAUGGGCAGCUACAGCUCAGCCCUGAUUCCUGACACUGAGGAGUUUGCCUCCAUUGCGUCAGCGGCGGAGAAGCUGAACGAGCAGAUAGCUGGUGCAGAUGAGAGGUUACAGUCAGAGCUUCAGACUCUGGCAACACUCAUAAUGGAGGAGAAAAGAAAAGAAAACCAGAGUGAAGAGCCGGGUGCUUCAACGCUAAGAGGAAACAGUCACGAAGCAAGUCACAAUGGCUCUGCCCUGCCGGCAGCGGGACCAAAGCCUGAGCCCACCCCGUCCUUCUCCUCUCUGUUACCACAGGUUCUCUCUGCUGUGCUGCCCCAGGGCCUCUCGUCCGACCCCCGGCCGAGCAGAAGUCCAGCUGCACACACGUCACCGAGCCUGGGGGGGCUGCAGACGGAGCUGAGGGACCUGAGGGACCAGUUUGAGCAGAUGAAGAGUCAGCACAACAAAGAAAUCAAACUGCUGAUGAGCGAGCUGGAUGAGGAGAAAAGGAUCCGCUUGACUUUACAGAUGGAGAUUCAGCGUAUGAAGAAGCACAUGUCUAAAUGACCGAAAGCAACAUCAGAGACAUGAGAUCCUGAUUCGACGGAAAGAACCAUGUUUAAAUAUCCUGUUGUACACAUAUCUGAUAAAUAAUAUUUUUCUAUGUUUGAUUUAAAAAAAAAAAUCAUCAUCGCUCUUUUUUGAGAAAUAAAACGUAUAAAUAUUAUAUACACAUAUUACAUAUAACAUUUUAUUUACUUUUUGUGAGACUGCUGAAUGGCCAGACGGACUGAAUAUUUUAGUUUUUGUUUAUUAAAAAUUCUCAUUUAAACAAAUAAAUACGUCGUUGGUAGCAUCGUGAAA